AUAUAUUUCUUUUUACCUUUUUUUUAUUAUUUGCGAGGAAAGUUGGGAUAGUAACUGUGACCGUGCAGAUCGGCUGUUCACAAAGAGAAGCAAGGAUGCGAUUGCUGUUGGCAUCACUACUAGAUCGUCUGGGAGUGUAGUGUUAAAUCAGAUCAAGUCUCAUUUACUGGACUCCAGACUAAGAGGCUGCUCAGCAGAGACAAGUCAUCCCAAGUAACCAUGCAGCCAGAACUCAGAGGUGGAUAUGUUCCUUUGGUGGUGUUCCUUGGGGUUUGGAGUUUGAUAACUUUUACCCUUGUUGAUUGCUGUCCUAGCAAGUGUACCUGCACUGGUCCUAAUGUGGAUUGUCAUGGGCUUGGAUUAAAAAGUGUUCCUAAGGGAAUCCCAAGAAAUGCAGAGAGACUGGAUCUAGACAAAAAUAACAUUACAAGGAUCACAAAAAUGGAUUUUGCCGGACUGAAAAAUCUUCGCGUGCUUCAUUUAGAAGAUAAUCAGAUCAGCAUCAUAGAAAGAGGAGCAUUUCAAGAAUUAAAGCAACUGGAGCGAAUGCGCCUAAACAAGAAUAAACUACAAGUUCUCCCAGAGUUAUUGUUCCAGAAUACUGUCAAACUGACUAGACUAGAUCUCAGUGAAAACCAGAUACAAGGACUACCCAGAAAGGCCUUCCGAGGAAUAACUGAUGUUAAGAAUCUGCAACUGGACAACAACCAGAUCAGCUGCAUUGAAGAUGGAGUCUUCCGAGCCCUCCGUGACUUGGAAAUUCUUACUCUCAACAACAAUAAUAUCACACGCAUCCCACUUACCAGUUUCAACCAUAUGCCCAAGAUCCGCACCCUACGCCUUCACUCCAACUACCUUCACUGCGACUGCCAUCUCACAUGGCUUUCAGACUGGCUGCGUCAGAGACGAACCAUUGGCCAGUUCACCUUUUGCAUGUCGCCUGUUCAACUGAGAGGCUUCAAUGUGGCUGAUGUUCAGAAGAAGGACUUUGUCUGUCCAGGAUCCCAAAAUGAGCCUCCGUCAUGCAGUGCCAAUGCAGUCAGCUGCCCAUCUGCCUGUGCCUGCAGCAACAACGUGGUGGACUGUCGAGGGAAAGGACUAACUGAAAUCCCAGCCAAUUUACCAGAAGGCAUUAUUGAGAUACGACUAGAACAGAAUUCCAUCAAGAGUAUCCCUCCCGGAGCUUUCACUCAGUAUAAGAAACUCAAGAGAAUAGAUAUCAGCAAGAAUCAAAUAUCUGAAAUAGCAGCGGAUGCAUUCAGCGGAUUAAAAUCUCUCACUUCUCUAGUGUUAUACGGAAACAAGAUCACGGAAAUUCCCAAAGGGCUUUUUGAUGGCCUUGUGUCCCUUCAAUUGCUACUUCUGAACGCCAAUAAAAUAAAUUGCCUAAGGGUGAAUACAUUUCAAGAUCUCCAAAAUCUAAACCUACUCUCGCUAUAUGACAACAAACUGCAGACUAUCAGCAAAGGUUUAUUUGCGCCUCUUCAAUCAAUCCAGACUCUGCAUUUAGCGCAGAACCCAUUUGUGUGCGACUGCCAUUUAAAGUGGCUUGCUGAUUACCUGCAAGAUAAUCCAAUAGAAACUAGUGGCGCCCGAUGCACCAGCCCACGUCGCCUCGCCAACAAACGCAUCAGCCAGAUCAAGAGCAAGAAGUUCCGUUGUACAGGUUCAGAAGACUACAGGAGCAAGUUCAGUGGAGAUUGCUUUAUGGAUCUUGUUUGUCCUGAAAAGUGCCGCUGCGAAGGAACGAUUGUUGACUGUUCUAAUCAAAAACUCACCCGAAUACCCACGUAUCUCCCAGAAUACACUACAGAUCUACGCUUGAAUGACAAUGAAAUCUCAGUUCUCGAAGCUACAGGAAUAUUCAAGAAGUUGCCAAACCUUCGGAAAAUAAAUCUGAGUAAUAACAAGAUCAAAGAAAUCCGGGAAGGUGCCUUUGACGGAGCCGAUGGGGUGCAAGAACUUAUGUUGACAGGGAAUCUCUUAGAGUCUGCACACGGACGGACGUUUAGAGGCCUGCAUGGACUGAAGACGUUGAUGAUGAGAAGCAACCUGAUGACCUGCAUUAAUAAUGAUACAUUUGCCGGACUGAGCUCCGUGAGGUUACUUUCUCUGUAUGAUAACCGAAUCACCACCAUUACCCCAGGAGCAUUUAACACACUGGUCUCUCUGUCCACAAUUAAUCUGCUGUCUAAUCCAUUCAACUGUAACUGUCACCUUGCCUGGCUUGGAAAGUGGCUGCGAAAGAAGAGAGUUGUAAGUGGGAACCCACGCUGUCAGAAGCCUGAUUUUCUAAAGGAGAUUCCAAUCCAAGAUGUGGCUAUCCAAGAUUUCACUUGUGAUGGCAAUGAGGAAAGUAGCUGUCUUCCAGUAUUGCGUUGUCCUGAGCAGUGUACAUGUGUCGAUUCUGUGGUGCGCUGUAGCAACAAAGGACUCCGGGCGCUCCCUAAAAACAUUCCAAAGGAUGUGACAGAACUGUAUUUGGAAGGCAACCAUUUGACGUCAGUACCAAAAGAAAUUUCUGGGUUCAAGCAUCUAACAUUGAUAGACCUAAGCAACAACAGCAUCAGUGUGCUGUCCAACUAUACUUUCAGUAACAUGACCCAGCUAUCCACAUUGAUAUUGAGCUACAAUCGUCUAAGGUGUCUCCCAGUUCAUGCGUUUAAUGGUCUGAAGUCUCUCCGAGUGCUUACUCUUCAUGGAAAUGAUAUUUCUACUGUGCCAGAGGGCUCCUUUCAUGACCUCACUUCGCUGUCCCACCUUGCACUUGGUACCAAUCCGUUGUAUUGUGACUGCAAUUUGCGCUGGCUGUCUGAAUGGGUGAAAGCAGGUUACAAGGAACCAGGUAUCGCACGCUGUAGCGGACCAGAAGACAUGACUGAUAGGUUGUUGCUAACUACUCCAACGCAACGAUUUCAGUGCAAAGGUCCAGUAGACAUUAAUAUUGUGUCCAAGUGCAAUCCGUGCUUUUCAAACCCGUGUAGGAACAAUGGGACAUGCAACAGUGACCCAGUGGAAUUCUAUCGCUGCACAUGUCCAUAUGGUUUCAAGGGGAGAGAUUGUGACAUUCCGAUCAAUGCUUGCAUACAGAGCCCGUGCCAGAAUGGAGGGACCUGUCAUACAAACGACAACGAUAAAGAUGGAUUCAGUUGUUCUUGUCCUUUGGGAUUUGAAGGAGAGAAAUGUGAGAUAAAUCCAGAUGACUGCGAAGAUAAUGACUGUGAAAAUAAUGCCACGUGUAUGGAUGGAAUCAACAACUACGUGUGUCUCUGUCCACCUAACUAUACUGGUGAGCUAUGUGACGAAGUGAUUAACCAUUGUGUUCCAGAGCUGAACCCUUGCCAGCAUGACUCCAAAUGCAUCCAAGUUGAUAGGGGAUACAUGUGCGAAUGUUCCCCCGGAUUUAUAGGCCAACACUGUGAUAUUAAUGAAGAUGACUGUGUUGGCCACAAAUGUCGCCAUGGCUCACAGUGCAUGGAUGACAUUGGAGGAUAUACCUGCGUCUGUCCCCAAGGCUAUAGUGGCCUUUUUUGUGAACAUUCCCCACCAAUGGUUUUACUUCAGACCAGCCCUUGUGACAACUAUGAGUGUCAGAACGGGGCUCAUUGUAUUGUGGUACAACAGGAACCCAUCUGCCGCUGCUUGGCCGGCUUUGCAGGUCAAAGGUGUGAAAAGCUCAUCACCGUCAAUUUUGUGGGCAAGGAUUCCUAUGUUGAACUGAGUGGUUCCAAGGUUCGUCCCCAAGCAAACAUUUCCCUUCAGGUUGCUACAGAUAAAGACAAUGGCAUUUUGCUUUAUAAAGGAGACAAUGAUCCUUUAGCAUUGGAGCUGUACCAAGGACAUGUGAGGUUAAUCUAUGACUCACUGAGUUCUUCCCCAAGUACCGUGUAUAGUGUCGAAACCAUCAACGAUGGCCUUUUCCAUACUGUUGAGCUGGUAAUGUUGAAUCAAAGCUUAAGUUUAGUUGUGGACAAAGGGGUUCCAAAAAGCCUUGGGAAACUUCAGAAACAGCCCUCGCUAAACCAGAACACACCUCUUUAUCUUGGAGGAAUACCUCCAACAUCUGGUGUAUCUUCCAUGCGUCAGAGGGCAGAUCGCAUUCCUAUUGGUUUCAAUGGAUGUAUACAUGAUGUCCGAAUUAAUAAUGAACUGCAAGACUUCAUGGAGCUGCCCCCAGUUUCAAUAGGUGUUUUCCCUGGUUGCAAAUCAUGCAAUAUUUGCCAGCAUGGAUCGUGUCGGUCAAUGGAAAAAUCCAAUGUCAUCUGUGAGUGCCAUGCUGGGUGGACUGGACCUUUGUGUGAUCAAGAAGUUGGAGAUGCCUGCAUAAACCAUAAGUGUGUAAACGGAGAUUGUAUUGCUGAUGAUAAUGCUUACACAUGUAAAUGCAGUGAAGGCUACACAGGCAUGUACUGCGAUAAGAAGAACGAAUCUUCGAGCUCAUGCAGAAAUUCCAAAUGUCACCAUGGUCAGUGCAAAAUAUCUGAGAGGGGCGAUCCAUACUGCGAAUGCAACCCUCACUUUACUGGAGAGCACUGCGACACAGAAAAUGUUUGCAAAGGGGAGAUUAUCCGGGAGGUUGUACACAAGCAACAUGGCUACACAUCCUGCAGCACCACUGCUAAGGUACCACGCAUGGAAUGCAGUGGCAGCUGCAGUAACGGGCAUUGUUGCACUCCGCUACGAAGCAAGCGACGGAAAUAUAUGUUUCAGUGCAUGGACGGAUCCAUACUCUACGAAGAACUGGAGAGAUACGUUGAAUGUGGCUGUUCACAGUGUUUGUAAAAUCAUCUUUCAUAAGGAAAAUAAUAAAAUAAAAAAGGCAAAGGCAAUUGCAAUGCUGCAAUUAGUAAGAGAACUGUAUACUUUCAGAGUGAAGCCUGAAGAGAAGAAUAUUAAGUAUAUUGUAAAAUAAACAAAAAAUAGAACUUAUUUUUAUUAUUGAAAGUGACUAUUUUCAUUCUUUAUUAUAUAAAAUAUCGCACCACUUGGAUAUAUGUAUCAUAUAGGAAAUUAUUUCUACUGUUUUGUUUUUUUUAAAUACUACCAAAAAAUAAUAAAUAAUUCAUAGCCUAACAAAGAAAUAUUGGGUAAGUUUAUAUAAUUGAUUUUUAAGGAUGUGCCUCAAGUUUGAAAGCGUUGGUUGUACUAGAAGUAUUACAGCUCAUGCCCCUGAAUAUUUUUCUCAAGAAAUAUUUUCUUAACUGUGAAUGUGUUUGUUACAGAGAGAGAUUUGUAACAAGGAUGUAGGAGGACCUUUAGAUGUUUAGUAACAAAGAAAAGCAGUUAUUUAUGCCGGUGUGUCUAGUUUGUACUGUCAUUGUGAGUAUUUUGAUGAUGAAAUUAAACUGAAAUACUUGGACAUUAUCAAUUAAA